CUGGCGUCACAAACGCCGUAUACCAUGGUUAUAGAUCGUGGCUCGAGCCUACUUUCCUCGUCCAAGCCAGAUACAUCAUCAGCGCGCGUAACAUCAUCACCAGCGGAUAUCAGAAGUACAGGGACACUCCGUUCGUGGUCCGACGAUGGGAUACCGAUAUUACCGUCCUACCGAACAAGUACUUGAACGAGCUGCGCUUGUACCCUCCGACCAAACUCAGCGGCGUAAAGGCACAGGUUGCGUCCACAAAUGGACCUACACUACUGUGAUGAUCGAGUCGAAUCUGCACUUCCGCGUGCUGCAAAAUAAGCUCACCGCAGAACUGCCGAAGUAUCUCGAUAUCGCGAAGACCGAGCUGGACUACGGGUGGGCUCAGGAUAUACCGCAACCCGAUGAGUGGAUAGAGGUCGACAUUCAGCAAAUGAUGCGUAUGUGCGUAGCGCGCAUGUCCGCCAAAAUCUUCAUGGGCUACCCUGCCUGCCGCGACCCUGAAUGGCUCAAGCUCUCCAUCGAUUUCAGCAUUGACCUCUUCACUUGCGCAUUCCUGUUGCGCAUGUUCCCGCCGUUCCUACACUCUAUCAUUGGGCCACUCCUGCCGCCGCGUUGGACCAUUGCUCGCAACCUGGCUAAGGCACGGAAGAUCAUCGGCCCGCUGAUGGAGAAACACCGGGAGUGUCUAAGACGAAAGGCCGCUGGCGAAACCGGACCGGGGGUGGAAGAGGACGACACUCUGCUCAAUUGGAUGAUGGAUAACGGUAAUGAGAAGGAGAACAGACUCGACGAGAUGGCGACCCGGCAGUCCAUCCUCACGCUUGCGAGUAUCCAUACCACAUCGAUGGGUGUCGCGAACUUGCUGUUUGAUCUUUGUGCGCACCCGGAAUGGUUCCCGGUACUUCGGGAAGAAAUCGCCGAGGUGGAAACGGACUUGGGCAGAUUGGGAGAGAGGGAGGAUAUAGGUGCCAAGCAGUGGCUGCCUCGGCUGGAGAAGAUGGACAGCUUCUUCUUGGAGAGUCAACGAGUCAAUCCGCCUAUUCUUCUGGCGCCACAACGCUUGGCCGUCGUCCCCCUAAACUUGAAAGAUGGCACGCAUAUCCCCGCCGGGACUCGCAUCGCCUGCGCAAACGCCGACAUCCUUAGUGAUAGUAUGCCCUCGCCUUCAACCUUUGACCCUAUGCGCGCUUACCGCAAGCGUCACGAGACGGGCGAGCUCAACAAACACCAAGCCGGCCAGACGGAAAAAGAGAACCUGCACUUUGGCUACGGCAAGCAGGCAUGCCCUGGACGCUUCUUUGCUGUGGGCGAAAUCAAGAUGGUAAUCGUGCGCAUCUUGAACGAAUUUGAGUUUAAAUAUCCCGAGGGUAAGACGAGACCGAGGAACUUUUACGCGGAUGAGAAUGUGUUUCCGGAUCCGAGAGCGAGGCUGCUGAUGAGGAAGCGAAGAGCGCCUUGUGAGAAGUGCGGAAGGUCGUGAGGGCGUUUGGCUGGAGCACUGUCAUUGGCAAUGGUGGAGAACGUAAUAGCUUUUAGUAA